UAGACUGGGUGGCAACUCCCUUGUUUUUCUCGGCUGACGAAAAAUUUGACCGAAUAAAAUCAAUUAAAUUGAAAUUGCAGUGAAAAGUAAAUUUUCAGUAAAAAAGGUGCACGGUGACAGGCUAAAAAAGCCGUGUUUUUCAAGGCUCUUCGAGGCCAGAACCCAGCAGGCGUACGUGUGUGUUUGUGCGUAGCCCGUAGACGUCAAAAGCUCACGCACACAAAUAAAGAGAGCGGAGCCUCACUAUUUACUUUGAUCACCACGUAGUUAACUAGCUAAAACUAGUGAUUACGCACUAAAAGGCGACAUGGACGGCAACAAGGACGAGGCCCAGCGGUGCAUCGAUUUCGCGGUCCAGGCGCUCGCCGAGGGCAAAAUCGAAAAGGCCGAGAAGUUCCUUCUCAAGGCGGAGAAACUCUUUCCCACGGAGAAUGCCAAACGGCUACUUGCCCAGGUGAAGAGCACUCCGAACAACGGCAGCAAUGGCAAAACCCGUACAGCGGCUCCCAGCGAUGAGAAGGACAGCGGGCCUAGGAAACGUGUGAACUCGGACUCCCGCUCCAGUGCCCCAGAUUACACCAAUGAUCAAUUGGAGGCUGUGCGAAAGGUCAAAAAAUGUAAGGACUACUAUGAAGUACUGGGCGUGAGCAAGACGGCCACUGACUCGGAAGUUAAAAAGGCCUACAAGAAGCUUGCUUUGCAAUUGCAUCCGGACAAGAACAAGGCUCCCGGAGCGGUGGAGGCUUUCAAGGCUCUUGGCAAUGCUGCUGGCGUACUUACGGAUGCCGAGAAGCGCAAGAACUACGACCUGUAUGGCAUCAAUGAGUCGCACAAUGGUCACGGCAACAGUGGUGGCGGACACCAUGGACAUGGCCAGUACUACAACAACGAGUAUGGAUAUUCGCGUGGAUUCCAGGCUGACAUCAGUGCCGAGGAGCUGUUCAACAUGUUCUUCAACGGCGGGUUCCCGCAGCAGAAUGUCUACAUGCGGCAGCAGCGGCGCCGUCAUCAGGCUCGCGAGGAUCGAGAAGGAAACAACUCUUCGGCUUUGGUCAACUUGCUGCCCAUCUUGCUGCUUAUUGGACUCUCCAUGAUGUCGUCCUUCUUCAUCUCGGACCCCAUGUACAGCCUGACACCCUCUCAUAAAUAUUCUGUGAAGCGUGAGACGAACUCCCUAAAGGUACCAUACUACGUAAAGGACAACUUCUAUUCAGAGUAUCAGGGAUCAGUAGCCCGACUAGAGGAAUCUGUGGAGGAGGACUUCGUCAAUCAUCUGAAACACUCCUGCAGUCGAGAGCGGAAUUAUCGCGACUCAAUGCUGGCCAAGGCGCGUACCUUUGGCGAUCGGGACCUGUACAGAAAGGCGCAGAACAUCAACACGCCAUCGUGCGAGAAUCUGCAAAAAGCUGCUAUGAGGCAUCAGGUUUUCCCUAGUAACGUUUGGUAGCACGAUCGCUCGAUCGGCAUUAUCAUUUCUAUAGAGCAAUCGGCAAUAUGUGAAAGCGAAGCAAACGCAACUGCCAAAAAGUCAUAUUUACGAGUAUAAGUGGGAGGCUGAGACGAAGGACUCUUGUUUUUUCAUUUAGAAAUCGGAUAACUAUUAAUAUAAAUUAUACACGGAUACGCAUGAUCACAUAUUGAUAGUCAAAUUGUCAACGGUUUUUUCUUAAGGACACGAGCGCAUGGGCAGUGGCGAUACUCUGAAUAAAAUUGCAAGUUAUUAUAACUCCAAAAUAAA